GAGCGCGGAGAUUCGCUCCGGAUGCUCGCCCGUCUCUAGGUGGUGCCAAAUUCCAGGGCCUAGGCAUUUUCCCUCCCUUUACGUUGUUUUGGUGGUUGUGUUUGCCCUUCGUUCGGUGGCUGUGAUUAGGCCGUGCGUGGCCGCGGCGAGGAGUUGCAAAGCAGAACAGAAAAGAGGGAGCGAACACACCCCCAGACCCCGGCCUCGCCGAGCCGCCGGGGGAGGGGGCGGAGGAGGCUGAGCCCGGCCGUCGCCCAGCGGCGACUUGAGAGUGGCGCGCGGGAGGAGCGGCUGCGCUGCCGCGGUCCUUUCUUCUCCCUCUUCUCCGUCUUCGUCCCCGGGUCCCCCGCCGCGGGUGGGGAGCGGGACCCCGAGAGGGAAAAGCCGAGAGAAAAACGCCCGGGAGAAGGCCGGCGCGAGCGCGCGCGGAGACCGAUGGCUUCGCUGUACCAGAGGUUCACCGGCAAGAUCAACACCUCGCGGUCCUUCCCGGCGCCCCCGGAGGCGAGUCGCCUCCUGGGCGGCCAGGGGCCCGAGGAAGACGGCGCGGGACCCAAGCCCCUCGGAGCCCAGGCGCCCGCGGCGGGGCCCCGGGAGCGCGGCGGCGGCGGCGGCGGCGCGGGUGGCCGGCCCCGGUUCCAGUACCAGGCGCGGAGCGACUGUGACGACGAGGACGAGCUGGUGGGGAGUAAUCCUCCACAAAGAAACUGGAAAGGCAUAGCCAUUGCUCUGCUUGUCAUUCUGGUCAUCUGCUCCCUGAUUGUCACCUCGGUGAUACUGCUGACACCAGCGGAAGAUAACAGUCUGUCUCAGAAGAAGAAGGUCACUGUGGAAGACCUGUUCAGUGAAGACUUCAAAAUUCACGACCCCGAGGCUAAGUGGAUAAGCGAUAAAGAAUUCAUCUACAGAGAGCAGAAAGGAAGUGUGAUCCUGCGAAAUGUUGAAACAAAUACUUCUACGGUGCUCAUAGAAGGCAAAAAAAUUGAAUCGCUAAGAGCCAUCAGAUAUGAAAUAUCUCCGGAUAGAGAAUAUGCUCUUUUUUCCUACAACGUGGAACCAAUAUAUCAACACUCCUACACUGGAUAUUAUGUCCUGAGCAAAAUUCCUCAUGGGGAUCCUCAGAGUCUGGACCCACCGGAAGUCAGCAACGCAGAGCUGCAGUACGCGGGGUGGGGCCCUAAGGGACAACAGCUGAUAUUCAUCUUUGAAAACAACAUCUACUACUGUGCGCAUGUGGGGAAGCAGGCCAUCCGUGUGGUCUCAACUGGGAAGGAAGGUGUGAUUUACAACGGCCUCAGUGACUGGCUCUACGAAGAGGAGAUCUUGAAGUCCUAUGUCGCCCACUGGUGGUCGCCUGACGGCACUCGGCUCGCCUACGCCACCAUCAACGACUCCCGCGUGCCGGUCAUGGAGCUCCCCACCUACACCGGCUCCAUCUACCCUGCGGUGAAGCCCUACCACUACCCCAAGGCUGGAUGUGAAAACCCCAGCAUCUCCCUGCACGUCAUCGGCCUAAAUGGACCCACGCACGACCUGGAAAUGAUGCCGCCGGUGGACCCGCGAAUGAGGGAAUACUACAUCACCAUGGUGAAGUGGGCCACCAGCACCAAGGUCGCCGUGAACUGGCUGAGCCGGGCGCAGAACGUGUCCAUCCUGACCCUCUGCGACGCCACCACCGGCGUCUGCACCAAGAAACACGAGGACGAGAGUGAAGCCUGGCUCCACAGGCAGAAUGAAGAGCCGCUGUUCUCCAAGGACGGCCGGACGUUCUUCUUCGUCCGAGCCAUCCCCCAGGGGGGACAAGGCAAGUUCUACCACAUCACCGUGUCCUCGUCCCAGCCCAACAGCAGCAACGACAACAUACAGUCCAUCACGUCCGGGGACUGGGACGUGACCACAAUCCUGGCCUAUGACGAGAAGCGCAGUAAGAUCUACUUCCUGAGCACGGAGGACAUGCCCAGGAGACGCCAGCUCUACAGCGCCAGCACGGUGGGCAACUUCAACCGCCAGUGCCUCUCCUGCGACCUGGUGGAGAACUGCUCCUACUUCAGCGCUUCCUUCAGCCCCGGCGCCGACUUCUUCCUGCUCAAGUGUGAAGGUCCUGGGGUCCCCACGGUGACUGUGCACAACACGACCGAUAGGAAAAAAAUGUUUGACCUGGAGACAAACGAGCACGUACAGAAGGCCGUAAACGACCGACAGAUGCCCAAAGUGGAGUACAGGAAAAUCGAGAUUGACGAUUACCACUUGCCCGUUCAGAUCCUCAAGCCUGCAACCUUCACCGACACUGCCCACUACCCCCUGCUCCUGGUGGUGGACGGCACCCCGGGGAGCCAGAGCGUGGCUGAGAAGUUCGAGGUGACCUGGGAGACGGUAAUGGUGAGCAGCCACGGAGCCGUGGUGGUGAAGUGUGACGGCCGGGGUAGUGGCUUCCAAGGGACCAAGCUCCUGCAUGUCAGACGGAAGCUGGGCUUGCUGGAGGAGAAGGACCAGGUGGAGGCUGUGCGGAUGAUGCUCAAAGAGCAGUACAUCGAUAAAACCCGGGUGGCCGUGUUUGGGAAGGAUUACGGCGGCUACCUGAGCACCUACAUCCUCCCGGCCAAGGGCGAGAACCAAGGCCAGAUCUUCAGCUGCGGCUGCGCCCUCUCCCCAAUAACAGACUUCAAGCUCUACGCGUCUGCAUUUUCCGAGAGGUACCUGGGCCUCCACGGACUUGACAACAGAGCGUACGAGAUGGCCAGGGUGGCACCCCGGGUGUCGGCGCUGGAAGGGCAGCAGCUCCUGAUUAUCCACGCGACCGCCGACGAAAAGAUCCAUUUCCAGCACACAGCAGAACUCAUCACACAGCUCAUCAAGGGAAAGGCUAAUUACAGCUUACAGAUAUACCCCGACGAAAGCCAUUACUUCAACAGCGCCUCCCUCCAGCACCACCUCUACCGGUCUCUCACCAACUUCUUCGUGGAGUGUUUCAGGAUCCAGGACAAGCUCCCCACGGUCACGGCCAAAGAGGACGAGGAGGAGGACUGACCACCCCGGCCCAAGCCCAGCCUGGCUCUUCCUGGAACAGCGGACCCCGGCCUGGAGCCCCCCCCCCUCCCCGACCCCUGCAGACACCUGGGGCGGGGGCAGGAAGCGUCACCUUCAUAGCAUGUGUGUCUUGGGUCCUGCGGGCAGUUUUGCUUCAGAAACCAGCUCCGUCGUCCUGGGUGGAGGUGCACUGCCACGCACCGGGGCCUCCCCGGAGCCUGGAACCCUCGCCUCCUCCCGCCCCAGGGGGACUGUGCCUCCCACGACCCCUGCCCAAGGAAGAAAGCAAAGGACGGACAGCGGUGGAGAAGCUGGCCCUGGGGUCGGAGCCUGCGAACGGCAGCAUGGAGACCCAGCCUGGCUCGGUCCCCGCCCACACGAGAGCAUAUCCCAUCCGCCCGACGUCACCGCCAUGGAACAACUAGAGCACAAUUAUUUUAACAGUACUUGUUCAUAGGUUGGCUUGCUCUUUCUGUAAUUAGGAGAUUCGGCAUUUUCAGGGGCUGUACCACGUGCUGCUGUCGCUAUGCUAAUGGUUAACCUUAUGGAAUUAAUUCGUAUUUUUCUAUGGUUUCUACCUGACACUGUCUCUGGUCAUGGGGUUGUUUUGCUGUGCUUUGUUUUUUUUUGUUUGUUUGUUUUUCUGUUUUUUGCUUUGUUUUGCUUUGUUUUGUUCAGUCCGUCUGUAGGCUUUGCAUUGGUUUGGAUAAAGAAACAGAUCAGAAGUCACUAACUGCUCUCUCCCCAAGGGCAUCUUUAGACUUUGUGGAGACAUUUCAAAACACCGAGGGGGGGAAAAACAUCCAGUACUAUUCACUAAAACAUUCAUAAAUAAAACCUCUCUCCCACCAGG